UGAUCCGCUACCCUGUGCUUCACACGCUGCUGCGACAUUCUGCUCUGCCUCUACAGCUCUACGCUUUUUGUUGCUCGGCCUUCGAGUCGACAUUCACUCAGCCAUGAUCCCACCUUCCCUUCUCCUCGCCCCUGUUCUCCUCCCACUAUUCAGACAUGUUUCCGGGGCUGUCAUGAUUCAAGAAACCAAGCAUGGCGUCAUUGGGCUGGGGAUCCCAAUGUACAAGCCUGUAUGUUGCUAUGCAUGCCACGAUGCCCUCUCCAGCCUCAAUCUGAACUGUACAACAUUCUCGCACGGCCAUAUGGGCAUGGACAUGAAACUCAUCAAGAGAAUGGAUAUGGGCGGAGAUUCAAUGGCAGAGACGACCGACGAGUGUCGUGCCUCAGAUCCUACCUGGCUGGCAACUUUGGCAUACUGCAUCCACAGUCGAUGCACUGCCGAGGGAGCUGACGCUGAUUCCCAAGACCGGUGUUUUCAAACAAUUGCCGCCAACACGCUCCCUGUACCGAAUCUUCAUUCAUGCAUGCCUGCUCAGCCACCAACUGGCGAGUUAAAACAGGAUGCGGAAUGGUUGAAUACGACUUCUCUCGUGAAUGACGCUGCCUACGCUGACCAAAGAAGGACGUUGGAUGGGUUCGCCAGAUCCGAGGAGGCGCAUACUCGCUACGGACUGGUUGUCUGGAUGCUCACAAUUGGGAUUCCCAUCCUGGUUGGCGUAUUUACUUUGAUCAAAUCCAACCUCGCGCCCAAGCAGUCAUCCUCUCUGUCCCGGAAACUCAACCAAUACCUUUUCCUCCCAGCCUUGUCCAAUGGUCGCCAACUUCAGCCUCUUCCAUAUAGCAUUGGAUAUGCCCCCAGCCGCAUCCUCUCGCUCUUCAUAUUCUUUUAUGUUUCACUUAAUAUCAUCUUUUGUUGUGUCUCUUACGACAAUCAGAAUCCCAAUACGUGGUUCUCUACCAGCAGGGAUCAAACAGCAGCAUACGUCUCGAAUAGAACGGGAGUCCUGAGUUUCGCCAAUCUUGGACUUGCCAUUGCCUUCUCCGGGAGGAACAAUCUCCUGAUCGCCUUGACAGGAUGGUCACAGACCACGUUUCUGACCAUUCAUCGCUGGGUCUCACGUGUCGCUACGGUCCAGGCGGUGGUGCAUUCCAUCAUCUACACCGUGACGUACUUUUGGAGUGGUGGGGCUCAAGCAUAUUACGCAGAGGCAAAGUUACCAUAUUACUGGUGGGGCAUCAUAGCCACGGUCGUCAUGUCGGUGUCGGUUGGCUUCUCAGUCUUGCCCGUCAGGUUGAGAGCAUAUGAGCUAUUCUUGAUCACCCACAUUGUUCUGGCCAUUCUGGCAAUCGUGGGUUGUUGGUAUCAUGUCGACUUGAGGUUCAACAAGCGCUGGGGUUAUGAGGUUUGGAUUUACCUAGCAAUGGCAUUUUGGGCGUUUGACCGCGUCUUCAGAUUCGGCCGAGUACUUUGGUACAAUGAAUGGACCGUUCCAGUGGCAAGCCAUGUGGAGAAAGUCCCAGGAUCGCAGUUCCUGCAACUGACUAUAUUCCCGGGCAAACGGUGGGUGUCUUCCAUUGGACCAGGGAAACACACUUUCCUCACAUUCCCGGGUAAGCUAUGGGAGAGCCACCCGUUUACCAUUGCUGACUGGGGAUUUCUCGGGUCGACUGUACCGGAGGGUGCACCAUCCAGUUGGCAACCGACCUCGGAAGGUUCUUCCAGCAUAGCCUCCCCAACAGAAUCUACGGACGAAAAAAGAGUCGCUGUCGUGCAUGAGAGCGCAAUGGCCGAUAAAGUCCCCUCUGACAAGGGACGCUUCUACAUCCGUAUUCUGAUCCGGCCACAUACUGGCAGUACACGGUCUCUUCUGGAGACGUUUUCAUCUUCUCCGCCUUCCCCGCGACACCUUCGCAUCCUGACCGAAGGUCCAUAUGCGGGCCACAGUCAAACCCUUCACCCACUCAAACAUGCUGAUACUGUGCUGUGCAUUGCCGGGGGAAUCGGCGUGACGUAUUCGUUGGGUUUUAUUAAGCAAUAUCUCAACCAGAAUAAGACUUCAUCGCUCGUCCCUGGGAGACGACUGCUUGCAAGAACUACGAGAUUCACCCUUGCGUGGUCAGCACGAGAGGAAGAAUUGAUCGAACACGUCACACAAAAAUUGAUCCCAGCGGAUGCUACUAGGACGGGUCAUUUGGAGGUCAACGUAUGGCACACGAAAGAACAACAGAUGACUGGUUCGGAGGAGGAAUUUGCUCAAGAAGCCAAGACGAUCUCGAAUUCUGAGGGCCGUUCACCAUCGCCGUCAUCGCCUAAUAAAGAGUAUACCAACAUCACAUCAUUGACCACUGGAUCACGAAUGCCGGUAGACUCGGUCAUCAGAUCAGUUUUGGAACCGUCACGUCGGGUGGCUGUCCUUGUCUGUGCUCCUGGCACUCUUGCUGAUGAAGUCAGGAGAAGUGUUGUCAAGGCUGUAGGAGACGGAUUCGAAGUGCAGCUGAUUGAAGAGGCUUUUGCAUGGUAGGGAUAAAUUGACGAAGAUGGGGCGUAGACGAGUAUGUUGGAAAGUAUUCUGCUGCCACCCAUAUCUACCAGGAGCGACUUUUUGGUAUCCAAAUGCAUAUUUCUCCUCUUAGUUCGUAUACCUCAAGCUUUGAAGAACUUCAUGCCAAAGUAGGCCGAGAUGGCUUCGGGCACACCAUUGCUGAUGAGAUCAUCAACACCGGGAUAAAGCACGCCUGCCUUCCCUAUCGUAGCACAAUAUAUGUCCCUAUAUGUGGGUAGGUUGUGUUAGUGUCGUUGAGUAUCAGGCCCGUGGGGC